AUGCCGAAAGGAGGAACUGUAAAAUGGCCUAGCAUUUGUCCAUAUUGCGCCGCACGAGUCGAAAAGGUAGGCAAAAACAACUGGGGUCGGCAUAUUCAACGCCAUACGCAAAAAGCGAAACAAGAACUCGAGUUAGAAGGUCUCAUGGAGGAGGUCCUCGACAUAUUACAGGGACCGUUGGCGCCCUUAACGGCGGCGUUUCGAUCUGCGAUCCGUCGAUCAGAAGGACUCACAACCCUUCCAGCACCGGAAGCUGCUCGUUCGCGGCAAGAUCUCUACCAGAAUGCCCCUGCCAUCUACCCCGCGAGCGAAUGUUGGGCCAAGAAGCCUGCCUACGACGACCAGCUCAACGAACUUGUUCAUGAGUUCGACACAAGAUAA